AUGCUCACAGAUUCUCAAUCUUUUUCUGUCACUCGGAUUUUUGUGGAUGUGGCCGUGUCGACAGAGGACGCUGAACUUAGUGAAGCCACCGAAGGCUCCGGAGUCAGUGAGGAAUGGAAGAGCCUCGAUGGAAUACCCUGUAUCAUGGGCGGGAUAAGAGCUCUUGUUGCAUCACUCGGUGGGACACUGCGCGGGCGCACCAGCACUGACUUUCCCUGGAAAACACUCCCCAAAGAACUAGCUCACCUCGGGUAUGUUCUUAUCAAUUACCCUGAAGAGACCUUGAUGCCCGGUGAGCUGCAACCAAAUCUCUCUCAAACCAAGGGCAUCCACGGUCUGAACCACCACCAUUGCGUCAAUAUUGUAAAUUCCCUCAAAGCAGGCACCCUCACCAUCUGCACAGUUAUGAGUGAUGCUGCCCGUACAUGGCUCAUCACCUCAAAAGACCCCAUUAUUAUUGGGGAUGCCCCCUCAGCUUGCUCAAUGUACUCUUUUGGGCGAUGUACAUUCGCUGAUGGCCGCAUUGACCAAAAGGGUCUUCCCUGUCUUCGGCUGCCUCCUGCACCUGCCUCUCAUUGUAUGCAAGUCAUUGUGGAAAUCACAUGGCUGCCACCACACCCAGCUUCUCGAGCACUCCACAAACCAUCUACCAGAGAUCUUAUCCCACCCAUAGCUUCUGUCCAGGGGGGAUCAUCCAGCUCUGAAACUAUCGGUACCAACGACGAAGAUGAUUAUGAGGACACAGACUCACGAGUUAGCGAGAGUGGUAGUCACCCUGCGAAGCGCCUUAGACGCUCAUAA